AUGGGUUACAUUUUCCCGCUCUUGACGAGUGACGAGAUCGUCCAAGUCCUCAAGAACUCAGCGAAAUUUCCCGACGUCUCAAUUGACGUCCUCCAGAAACCGCAGAAUUACGUCACGAUCGCUGUCUCCGAGCACUACUACAACUGCGAGCACAAUGGGGUCGUGGUUGGGACAGGAGGAGCCUCUUCAAGCACCUCCACCAUGGGUGGGCUAGGCGGCGUUGGUGCUGGACAUAACCUCCCUGGCGGAUUACCCAUCGGUGGGAGUAGUGUGAUGGACAUCUACAUCGCCUUUUGGGAGUUUUUAACGGGGACAAACGAUAUCCGUCGCAUCCCCUGGCACGAUCUGCUCGUGAACGAGAAUGGCACUCAGUUCCCAACCUUGUACGAAGAAGCUGCCCGAUUUCUUUGCGUUUUUCGGACGUUGCAGCACUUAAUGCAGCUGUCUGGAAUAAGCGACUUUUCCAUGGCGGAUUUGCUGAAGGUAGAAUGCAACUUCGUACCUGCAGAAGAUCAAAUGUUAUUUUGCGUAAGUACAUGCAUCUUCUUAGCAACAUUAACACCUCUCUUGUGCUGAUUCUUAAGUCAGAGUUCUAGUAGCGGUAGGUUCAUUUAUUCUUGGCGUGCACCCAGCUGUCACGAGCUGCACUUUCGGACCUCCCUAGUUUUGAGGAAAUCCGAUUGGAACAUAUUUUCACAUUUCAUUUUCAUUGACACCACUACUUACGACUACUUGUUUUAGAAUUACCAAUAGCCUUGCAUUGACACCACCACAGCCCGAAGCAAAGCGUUUACGGCGGAAUUUGAGUGCGUUGAUUAAUUUCUGUCGAUUUCGUGAGGAUGAGUCCCAGUCGGAGCAUGAGCAGCAACGCAUUGUUGCAGACCUGGAGCUGAAGAUCUCCAGUGCAAGCGAAUCAAUGCGUGGACUGAGGUCAAAUGUUGAACAUUAUGGUAUGGCAGCCUUAGGGCGUUACUUUAGCAACACGUAAGAGAACAUAAUUUUUUUUAGAGCAGUACUAGAAUCCAACCAGCAUGCAUCUAUAACGCGUUAUCGUUAUAGAUUGUACUUAGUAGGAUCGGGAUUGGCAGCAGGCUGCUAUGAGCCCUAAGCUGAGGAAACAGCAGGCUGUCCGCAAUAGGCACAGGUUGGGAUGCUUACAUAGUACAGAUACAAAUAAAGUCGUACUAGUAGAGCGUCGUUAUUUCAGAGUCGGUAAUUAUCGCUGUUGUAGAUGAUCUUGCACUUCUUGCAGUUGCACCUUGUAGUUGCGGAUUCUGAAGUGAUGAAUCAUUGCAUCCCUCAUGUUUUCUCCGGCAUAUAAUGAAUAAAGUAAGCAUUCACUGUAGAAGUAGGUAAGACGACUGCUCAUCCAGCCUCUCUAACCUCAACAAGAAGCCGAGUUAGCAAACGAGCGAGCCGCUGUCGAACGCCUGACCACAGAGGAGAGGAGUAUAAAAGACGAGAUGAAUCGAUUGAGCAUUUUUCAGAUUGAGCAAGGUAUAGACGACGCGAAACGCGAAAUCACCGAAACCAAAGAUAAAAUAGAACAAGCGGAAGGAGAAAGCAGGAUGCUGGGGGAUAGCUUAUGAAGAGAGACUGUUACAGAAGACAGAUUAGUUUCGACAGAAGCAGAUGAACUAUAGAACAAGGGUUCCUUGCCAGAGAGAAGUGCUCUGAUUGGACGCGCUUGUCUGAGCUUUAUUCUUCUGAGCUUUAUUCUUACCACCUACAAGAUCAUGAAGUUGCAAACACUACUCGCGCUAGUAGAACUAGAGCUUCAACGUCAUUAUACUGCAAAGUAAGUCAAUCGUUCUUCUCGUUCACGCCGUCCCUUGCUUCCUCAUCCACAGCUUCGCCCUCUCCCCUCUUUCAUACAUUAUCUCUUCUCUGCGGCGUGGUGUCAUCUCGGAUAUGGAUCCAGCCAAAUUGGUGCAGGAAGUCGAAAAUCUGCGUGUCGCAGUGCGAAGUAAGGAGGAACGCAUAGCCACUCUCGAAAAGCAUUGCGAAUUUCUGACCGAAGAAGCCUCCAAAGCAGACCGUGCGACACAGAGGUGUAAUUUUUAUGAGGAAAAACGAACCGCUUGAGCUUAUUUUCAGCAACACUUUCACAUCGUCUCGUAAGUUGUACCCUUAUUGCAUCGCGCUCUCAGAACGACAGUGAAUAAGAAGAGACAGCUGCCUUCGCAGCUCCCACGAUGAUCUAAUACCCAUUUCUGGAUCGCAAUCGAGAGUGA